AUGCCUGCUGUGGAAGGCUGCCUGCUUUGUACUACAUCCUACCUUUGCCCAAUAACAACUCCAAACACCACGCUCUUCUCCAUCGCCACAGCCACAAACCGCGGCGUCUGCGACAUCGGGCGACAGAACCUCAUGGCCGACGUUACCAUCAUCCCAAACGUUGGCGAACAAAUCAUCAUCCCACCUGAAACCUGCCAUACAGACAACGACAGCUGCCUCCUUCCCAACACCACGAGGACAAGAACCUGCGUCAGCGGUGGCCCUCGGAACUACUACACCGUCAACGGCGACACAUACGAAAUCAUCGCGAGAAGGCUGAAUAUCACAACCGAGUCUCUCACGGCCGCGGCAUUAGGUGAUGAGACCACUGGACCGAAUGACCGUCUAUCGCCGGGCAAGUUCAUCAAAGUCCCUCUGUGCGAGCCCAGUCAGUGUGCUAUCCAGCCGUAUAUGUUCACCUGGGGCGUGUACAAGGAUCUGGCAGAAGAGUUCGGGACGACCGUCGGACAGAUUAUAAUGCUGAGCCCGACCUAUAAUUAUAGCAGUCUUGCUUUCCUGCCUGGCGGCAGUUUUCCGCCCACAGUGUGCUCGUGA